AAUACUUAUUUAUUUAUUUAACUAAUUAAAAAAAUAAAAAUCUCUCUCCUUUGGAACCAGUCGAACUUGUACCCGAGCCUAUAGUUGAAGAACCCGAGACUGAUGCCGGAGAUAUCACUGAUAUCGACAUCCGUCAAGCGGCUAAGCUCAAAGGCCCCGAAGCUCGGCGGUGGUUCGCCAGUCAGCUUAUGCUUCCGAAGUGGAUGAUUGACGUCCCUGAUCGUCUCGAUCACGAUUGGUAUGUAUUUGCAAGACCUUCUGGAAAACGAUGCUUUGUUGUUUCAUCAAAUGGAACAACUAUCAGCAGAUUACGCAAUGGCUCCCUCCUGCACCGAUUUCCUUCUUCUCUACCUAAUGGUGCUCGAACCAGAGAAGGUUCUCGAUCUGCCCAAUCAUAUUGCAUACUUGACUGCAUAUUUCACGAGUUGGAUCAAACGACAUUGAUGGGUGCUGAAACGGAGACGAGUAGUCGUAGCACAUCAACUCUGUUGCUUCCAUCUUCCCAAUACAGCGAUGAUCGAAAAGAAAAGAAGGAACAAGGAUUGGGGUUUGUUGGGGGUUGCUCAGAUCAACAGAAAAGAAAAAAGAUGGGGUUAGGCUAGAAUGGUUCUAUGGUGGGCGGAGAUGUAGCGGUUCACGAUGGAGUUUGGUAGUCGAAUGGAGGCUAGCAGGUGGUGCGGUGGCUAUCUCCAGAUUGCCGGAGGUAGCACAGCCCCUUCUUGUUCGUUGAAAUUGGGAACGAGAUAAAGAAAUGGGUAUAUGACCUGGAGAGAGAGAGAGAGAGAGAGAGAGAGAGAGAGAGAGAGAGAGAGAGAGAGAGAGAGAGAGAGAGAGAGAGAGAGAGAGAGAGAAGUGGGCCAUUUUUUAUUAUUAAAAUAAUUAUUAAAAUAAAUAAAUAGAUAUUAUAUUUAAAAAAAUCAAAGAAAAAUGAAAAAUAAAUACCCCAAGGGUAUUACAGUCAUUUCAGUUUACUGAGGGACCAAAUCCGCAAUGAAACUAGCUCAAAAGGACCACCAAUCCAAAAAAGUCGAGGUUUGGACUAAAACCCCAAAAAAAUGCAUACCACAGGGACCAUUUUUGCAAUUUUGUCAUGUAUAUAUUAUAAUAUAAUUCAAAAUAAUCAAUAUAUUAUAUAUCAAAUUAGUAUAUAUACAAAUUGUUAUAUCAAAUUUAACACCAACGUUAUUGUUAUAUCUAAAAAUAUAUAUAUUUUUAAAGACUUCAAUUAUAUAGGUGUUUCGCCUAAUUCUGUAUAAAAUGUUC